AUGACCGUAGCAAGGCGAGAUGUCCGAGAGAAUGUCCAGCAGCAAAAGAAGCGGAUCUCCGACAACCCUGCUCUUCAACCCUCGAGCCUGGAGAAGCUCAUUAACGGCAUCUGGGACUCGUUGUUUUCCGGCGUUCGCAUGGACCCUACCGAGAUCAUCGCACAAUGGCAGACCAUCGAGUCGAGUAGGCAGCCCCGAUUGUUGACCGAUGCAAACCACGAACUCGCCCCUCGAAGCGCACAAGACGCAUUCGGCCGGAUGAGCGUGCUUGCGCGCAAAAUCAGCCAAACCACCAAAGCAUGCCGGUCUCUAGAAGUCAUUGUGCAAGCACAUUGGAUCACCUGCUUCGACGAUCGAGUGGCGGAGCUCGCGCAAACCAUCACCCGCGAAAAGGCCAGGAAGGCCGCCAUCUGCGAGGCAUGUUCCGACUUCAAUUGGACAGAGAAGGAAUUGCGCAACAAGAUGGCCAUCUGGAGGGGCUACCAUGAGAUCAAGCAAGCAGCCGGCUGGUCGGCCUUGGUGUUUGCAGGCAUGGGUCUGUAUCGCUUCUGCAAGUAUCGAGUCUCCUUCACCGAGGACACUUUUCAGACUCUCCGGCGCCUGCAGCACCGUUUCGAAGUCGCAGCCGACACCCUUCACCCGCGCUGGCGAACACUCCUCGGCAUCGUCGAUGCUCCGACAACACCAAAGUACACCGGCCAUCUGCACGACUGGGUGGUGAACGGCCCCGACAAUGAGGCCAUCCCCCUCCCAAAGACCUAUCACAAAUGGGACAAGAACUUCUCCUAUACCCAUCUUCCCGACUCCGUCAUUGACGAGGAAGCCUGGGGCGACUACGAUCCCCGAUCGGUCGUGAGCGGUAACGCGGAGAAUGAGUUCACGUGUCAAUCGUGCGGCGAAAAGCAAUCCUCCACGCCCACGGACAACGCAUGCAAUUGUUACGCCAACCUCUACGGCAGUCCCAAGUCGAGCCUGGCGCCCGUCCAAAUCUUCCGAACGGCAAAUGGCAAGAACAACGGGCUCAUCGCCUGCGGCGCAUUCGAGAAAGGCUGGGCCGUGGGCGAGUUUGUGGGCGAGCUCACCACCGGCAUCAGAGGCCUCGAUGUAAUGAUUGACCGGACGGAGCGCGCGAGCUAUCAGAUCUGGCAGGGCAGGAAGGGCAACCAUACGCGCUUCAUCAACCAUUCCUGCGAGCCCAACACUCACUAUGAGCGGUUUGUGUGGCUGGGCAAGCAGCGCAGCGUGCUGGUGUCGGACGGCAUCGCGGCCGGGGACGAGAUUACCGUGGAUUACGGCAAUACAUAUUGGGACGAUUUGGAUAAGGAAUGUCUCUGUGGGAGGCCGACUUGCAGAUAUCGAAGACGACAGGUUACGCAGCUUGUGACGCCGCCGAAUGGCGAGAGCGAGUAG